AUGAGCAUCGGCGAGACACCGACCCACUCAUACGUCGCCGAUCAUUCUCCGUCUCGAUUCUCUCGCAGUCAUAAACAUCCUCCCAGGCUCUAUCUUUCUCUCCCCCCCCCCUUCUUCGCUUCCUCCCCCCUCACUGACUCUCCUACUCUGAAUACCUCUCCUCUAGUCAUUCCGAUGCUCUCCUCGAUAUCACCGUUCUCAUCCGUCUCUCUCAAAUCGUCCAUCUAUCCGGUCAUCUACCAUCCGUCAUCUCCCCCAACACAAAUCCUUCUUCACCUCUCAGCUCGGAGGCCCUCGUCAUCAUCCAUUUCUCAUCCCAUUCUCACUCUCCCCUCUUUUCCUCCUCUCACUACUCCUACUCUCUCGCGACCCUCGCACCCGUCCUACCCCUAUGAACUCUCUCCUCCGGUCGAGGAAAGAUCAUCGUUAUCUCUGUCGAUCUCUAUCACUCAUAAUACCAAGUCUCUCUCUCCCUCCAUCUUUAACAUCAAAAUCGAAUCUACCUCGGUCGUCAAAUCUCUCCUCAUCCCCUGCCAAUCUCCACCCUCACUUCUCUCCUCAUCCCUCUUCUCUCUCGUAACUCCCAACUCUCACUACUCACUCCGUCACUUCCAUCUCUCCCUCACAUCUCCUCUCCCUCACGGCACGUUUCAGAGACUAGAUCAGUAUCACUGUCGCUCGAGUCCUCUCUAUCCAUCCAUCAGCAUCUCCCCACUCCCACUCUCUCCGAGCGCUCCCAUACGUCUCCUCUCACAACUCACUCUCCGAUCUCUAUCCUCACUCCAUAUCAUCUCUUCAAUCGAUCCUACCAUCGCCGUCACUCUUUCUCCUCCUCCCAAUCAUUCCAUCUCAGUCCUCUCCUCUCUCUCCGUCAUCACCUCCCAAUCUCCUCUCGCGCCCUUCCGAUACCUCCUCGAAACUCGCCCUCUCGUCUCGUACCUCUCUCACUACCUCCUCUCUUACCGAUCACUUCCCUCGACACAAUCAUACAUCACCUCUUCUCUCUCUCAACUCUCAUCUCCGUCUCCUAUAACAUCCUCUCCACGAGCCCCUCCUUCAACACUCGCAAGUGAAACUCCGAUAACACUGUCAACUUCGGUCGGUCCUUCUCCCUACCCCUCGAACUCCUUAUCCUCACCCAAUGACAUCUCUCCAGUACUCUCCCUUCUGAAAUCUCAUCUCUUCUCAUUCUUCCUCGCUCAUUAUCACCUCUCAUAUUACUUUCUCUCAGUCGACAUCCAGGACUCCUCCUCGAAUAGUCUCUAUCUGCUAUCAUCUUCCUCAAUCGUCACGCUCCUCAUCACGUCUCCUCAAAUCCUCAUAUCCUCCUCAAUCCUCCAACUCACUCAACACUACUCCUCUCCCCAAGAAACUCUCUCUCACGGAUGCAUAAUCUAUGACGAAUUAAGUCGCUCUCAAACUCUCAUAGGAACCCUCGGAUCCGAUCGUUAUCUUAACCAUAUUCGGUCUCCUCCGCUACUCACCGGAUAUCACAACGUCUCCCUGAAGGAAAACCACCCCCCCUGGGGUGGGGGGGGGGGGAUCGAAUUCCACGUCCCUCACACCGCUCCUCUCACAUACUCUUCGCUCUCUGGUAAAUCACCGUCUCACUCCACAGUACUCUCCUUCAAUAGUCUCUCUCGCUUCAUCAUACCUAUCUACAGCCUAUCGGCUCUUCACGGCUUCUCCGGUAUCUUCUCUUCCCACUUCAUUUCCUCCCUCUCGCUAUUCUUCCGUCUCACUUCUCCACUAGUCUCACCUCGUCAUAUCUACACUCCUCUCCCACUCCAGCAGCUCUCUAACGCAACAAACACCGAAUCGCUCGCUCGCUCCUCCCGCUCCAACCACUCUCCUCACCCAACACUUCACAUCCCAUACAUUCUCUCCGUUCUACUCGCUCCUCCUCUUCUGCCCCUUUCUCUUCUGACCUUCUCCCGUCUCAACUACAUCCAAAUCCCAAGAUCUCAUUCCUUUCUCGUACUCCCAUUCUUCUCUCAUCCUCGUCCUAAUACAUCCCUACAAAUCGACUCGCCUCACUCCCCCUCAAGUCGUCAGGGGUGGGUCCUCCUCCCCUCUCUCCAAUCACGCCAUACACAAUGCAUUUCGUCCCCUCUCUCCAGUUCUCACAAUCUCCUUCGGCCCAUCGACGCUCAUCAAGAUGCUUCUUCAUCGACUUCAACGCCUUCAAAUGAUUCUACGGAUCCUCCUCUCGCUGCCCUCAUCACUCCGUACGCACCUCUCUUCAUCCUCGAGGUCUCCCAUCAACGCUCUCCCCAUCCUCUCUCUGUCUCGGUACCCCUCUCAGAUCCUAAUCAUCUCCUACGUCCUCUCAUAAUCUCUCUCCUGCUCAAACCUCCUCUGAAGGUUCUCAUCUUCGACGAGGGAAAUCCUCUCCUCUCGACACCUCCGCUCUCUUCUGUCUCCUCUCAACUAGACUUCCUCAUCACGUCAUCGUCACACCCUUCCUCUCUCUUCAUCUCUCAUCUCCGGGUCAAAUAA